AGACGCGCAGAUACUCCACAGAUCACACAGCAGCAUCACUACAGCAGCAGCGCUGGGAACAACUUGCAGCUGCUUUUCUCCGCUUUGUCUUUGAGUAUCUGACUCCACGAGGAUUUUUUUUCUUUGGUGCUGAGAAAAAAAAAACUGAGGGUCAACAAGCGAGUGAGGAAUUCAACAAAAACACCGAAAAGAUUGAAGAGAUUUGGACUUCGAGGUGGGUAGCUAAAUUCUCAUUCGUUGUAUGUUUAAUGUAGUCGAAGGUUACUGGCACAUGUUUUGGUUUUCAUGCGUAAAUAGUAACCGGACUGAAAAAGGCACUAAAACCACGUAUAGGAAAGUGAAAUAGAAAAAUGAAUCCUGUCCAGUGGAAAGGCUGAACAUCCCCGGUCUAGGUCGUGCAGGGUUAAAAGGUGCGGGGCUGAUUUACUUUGAAACCGUAUUGACGUUUAGUCCAGGCUUUAGUGACAAAGCUCUUAAUCAAUGGGAUCGAUCCGAGGGAGUGAUGUGAAGACAGAUAUUGUGAGUUUUAAGUUAAAGCAGGCUGCAGCCCCUCAUUUGAAUAGUCUAAUGAGAUAUUGGCUGCCUGAAUGAAGACAGAAGUGGAUGCUGGAGGUGGGUAAGGCUUUGUUUGUGCCUUAAUAGUCUGUUUAAGGAUUUGAAAUCCACCAUGUUUGAAGUAAUUAAAGCAGAUGUAAAUUAAACAGGAUAGGGAAUUUAAAUGAAAAAGGCCCUAAGUAAAAUGCCGUAUUGCUUGAGUGAUUGAAGUAAUGACAACUUGAGAAAUUUGUUGAUUUUGAAAUGGGAAUUUUUAAAAGAUUUUUUAAAAAUAACAUCAGUUUAAUGUUAAUUCUAUUUGGCACAAUUAAAAUAUGCACAGUCAUGGUCCCUGUUGAUACUUACUGAGUACAUCUCAUUCAGCCACAAUUAUCACACCCUUACUGUAGGGCUGGGCGAUAAAACGAUAUCGAAAAUUUAUCUCCCCCGAUUUCAAUAUUAAACAUGGUCAAUAGGCUUUUUGAUAGUCGGCAUUCUGCCAGUUUUUGGUUGACUCUACGAAUAGCCAAUGAAAAAGGGAGUUGCUCCGGGUCCGCUCCACACUGAACCAAUCAUGUGCUAAAUUAGAACCAAGUAGCAAACAAGUGCGUAGUAGCAGGCUGCAAUUACACGCAACUAUAGUACUUAAACACAUGGAGCCGACAGCACUGUUGGUGAGAAAAAAAGAAAAUGAGUGCUACCCCCGGCAGAAAUGUAGAUGAAGGCUCAACAGAUGACGAUAUCGUUGACAACACUGGCUUGAAAACGUCAGUGGUGUGGAGGGAUUUUGUUUUUUUGAGGUCGGACUCAAAGCAGAGUAAUGUACGGAACAUGUGCAAUGCAAAAGGUUACAAACCCCAAGUGGAGCAAGGAGCCCAUGGCACCUGUGCAGCCGAAACAGCCGACCAUUCAGUCCGCUUUCUCGAGCGCAACGCCUCACGACAAAACGUUAAAGAGACACAAAGGUCUUACAGUUGCAGUAUCUUAUUGUAUUGCAAAAGACAUGCUACCAAUAAGCACUGUUGAAUUUUAUUUAAGAGUAACAGGGAACAUUUAAGAUUGACAAGUGAUUUUUUUUAUAUCAUGAUAUUUAUCAAUAUCGACUAAUAUGUAAAAAAUAUAUCGUGAUAAACUUUUUCCCAUAUCCCCCAGCCCUACCUUAAUGCAUCUCCUCUCUCUUGGUACUAUUUCCCAAGAUGUGCGGUAUGGAUGUGGACCUGGACGACGGGGGCUCAGGCGAGGAGGAGAAAGAGGAAGAGUUCUGGAUGGGAGAGGGAGUGAAGAUGCUGCCCCCUCCAGUGGCCCACAGCGGGGGCAGUGCGUGGGGCAGUCGGCGAGGCAGGUGCGGCUGUUUGGCAUGCGGGGCGGGUCUUGUCAUCUGGAACCUGUGUGUGGUGUCAGCCAGUGCUCUGCUGCUGGCCGUGGUCUUCUCUGUGGUGCUGCUGCCAGCAAUACUGCUGCUGUACGUCGGGUUCCUCUGUCACUCCAGGGUGAGUUGACCCAGCACAUUGGACUCAGAAUGAGAGAUGUUGCUCUGUUGUUAAUUAACUUUUCACAAAGGACAAGAUAACCGUAAUUGUGGUUGACAUCUCAUCGACUGAUGGGAUUCAAACCCCUAAAUUUGUUUGUUUAAAGGUGAGUCCUGCCUCUAAAUGAUGGGUUAGAGAAGCCUGAGGUACAGGGUCAAGUCUACAAUACUUGACACAGAUCAAAUUCAAAAUGGUAAAUAUUUUGCUUGAUAACACAUUUUAUCAUACAUGAUGUUACCAGAUGCAUGCCUUUGUCGUCUGCUUUAUCAAGUUAGACUGUUCACUUCAUUUAUUUUGCAGCAAGUGAGAGAGCAAAGAAAAGUCUGUUAAGCAAAUAAAAAUGCAACAAAUUCUGCAUUCAAGCAGGAACAUGUAAGAGCAACUUUUUCCACAUUAAUCUGCACCAAGUCCAGUUUGUUUAAUUUGUUUGUUUUUAGGGUAGCUUUUCUUGAUUUGAAGCUCAUAAACCUCCAUGAAAACCCUGGAUUCAGCACUAUCCAGCUUCUGCCUGAAACACUUCUAUUUUGGCUGCUUCUUCAGUGAUAGAAAGUUAGACAGAGUGUGUGGGUGUUACUUUUCACACAGCUUUGUUAUACCUUUUAAGAAAAUAUCUGAGGCUUGCCAUUAGCUUCUAUGCUAGGUUUCCACCAGGGGCUGUGUCAACUGUCAACUGACACCAUGUUUGCAGGUUUUUUAUUCACGCUGUAUUUGGUUCAGCGUUUUCAGCACUUGGGGUCCUAGUGUCCUAAAUACACUCUUAGUGUGCUCUUCUCAGUGCCCUCUGUAAAAAUAUUUUGACUUUUGAAACACAGACAUGUUCAUUACUUUCACGUUCAGUCACUCAUCAAUCAGAAUCAAGACAGGCCAGACUUCUAAUAAUGUCUUUCUCAGAAUGGUGGCGGAGGUCUGUACCAAAGAAAAAGUGACUACAUUUGUUUUUACGAGGUCCAAUUUCAAGGCCUAGCACUACUAGUCAUGCAAGGAAACUAUUUCUGUCCACUGUUUUUAGUUUUUUUUUUUUCAAAAUGGCAUUGAAUAAAAGCAUGGGGCUGCACAGCAGUGCAGUGGUUAGGACUGUUGCCUCAAAGCAAGAAGAUUGUUGGUUCAAAUCCCUGGCAGAGCUGGGGCAAUGCUAUGUGCAGUUUGCAUAUUCUCCCCAAACAUGUACUCUGACCUCCUCCAACUGCCAACAACAGGCCUGCCAAGUUAACUGGUCACCCUAAAUUGCCCACAAGUGUGUGUGUGUGUGUGUGUGUGUGUGUGUGUGUGUGUGUGUGUGUGUGUGUAGGGUGUCUUAAAACAGGUCUAAUGAUUGCUACUCAGGGCAGUUUAAGUACCACAGGAUAACUUUUGUAACCCAGCAACAGUAUACACCUGUGAGAUGCACUCUGAAAUUGAGGUCCUAAACAAAAACAAAAUAAUUGGAGGUUCAAAGAACCUUUUACUCAAGCUACCGUUACAUCAGCUGCUGUUAUAAUGGUGCUUACAGUUCAUGAGAGGUCUCUAUAGAUCUGUAUCUCAUGUUAUGGAACUUUGUUAUACAGAAUGGACGCGUCUGCCUCCUUGCUGGGUGAAGCCACCCCAAGAACAGCACCCCCUGUCGACGGGCUGCAGUAUAGGUCAUCAAUCCUCCAGCAAUCCUUAUGGAGUUGUGGGUAAACUUUAGAAAUUUAUUACACAGAAUAUAAACUUUUCUUACCCCCCGUGUGCGAUGUAGACAUGUAGUUACUGUAAGACUGGUUUGUGCCCCCAUGUUUUUUUUUCUGUACAGCUUUAUUUUUAAAAGUUAUUAGGGGUUUCGUGUUUUCUCUGAUUGGCGCUUGAUACAACCUAUGGGCGUAAGAAGUUUACGUAGCUCACCUGGGGGAUACGCUGUUUAAGCAGAGUGUCAUCACAGCAACUCUCCCACCGAGUGCGUACAACACUACUGUGUCAGUGGUGGUUCCAGGAAGUGGAGAAAAUACUGGAAUUACUAAAAGCAUUUCUGCUUCAAAUACGUAUAACGGUGGAUGGUGGAGCCAAGUUGUCCAUAAUAUAUACAGUAUAUGCAACCAAAACAAGUAUGGAUCAGUGUCAUAGAUCUGCUUUUAAGGGAGCGCAUGAAGACAGAGAGUGUAGAGAGUACCAGAAUUGGCAUGAAAAUGAAAAACCUAAAAAAAGAUUACAUUAAAGUUCUGCUUUUUUGAAAAACCAAGACCUGGAAAGUGAAAAGUGAAAUGUGGUAAUUGAAGUAUUUAUUUUAAAGGUUUGUAAAAACCCACCCAGCCAUUAUCUCUACCACUCAUCUUAUUUAGGGUCACAGUUGGGCUGGAGCCUAUCCCAGCUGCCAUGAGGCAAAAUGACAUCUAACUAUGGCAGUAGCUAUGCAGUAUGCACAUCCUCAAAAAUUAACAAUGAGCUCAGUGCAGUAUGCAGAUGAACGAUGUUAGCAAUGUAAAGGCAGAGGGGAUGGGACAGCAGCAACACAGCAGCAGGGACAAUAAUGGCAAAAGGUGACAGACAAGCUGGCAGACAAUUUAUCCACAGCUUUACAAUAAGUCAUUGCCACAGCAACAAACAUGCCCCUCAAAAACAGCUGGUAAUAGAUUCAGUUUUAGAGGUCAAUGUGGAAACUCCAAAUUUUUAAGGUAACAAAUCUGGGACUUGAGGAAAAUGUUGGAAAUACCGAGUGUGGCUUAUGCCAUCCAUGUGUUCUGAUCACCAUUUAACAGUCACUUGAGCUAGCCCAGGAUUUCAUCACUCACCAGGCCACCGAGACCCAGAAUGAACAUAAACAGCAUCCUCCUCAAGUUCCUCCACAUCUCUUGUGUAAUAACCCACCAGUCCAACAGAUGCAAACAAGCUAAGCUCUCCGAUAUGCCCUCCAGAGGUAUCCACUCGAGGGAGAAUGCUUGGUGGAGCCAAAUAUGUGUUAAAUUAUGUUCUUUUCUCAGAUUGAUGCAAACACAUCUGAGAACUAAUGAUAAUGGUACUUGAUCUGUUACAUUUCUAAGUGAGAAACCUUUGCCACAUCAACUUUAAAAGUAAAAAGAAAGUUAGAAUUGUGAGUGCAGCCUGAUUCUGCUGCCCCACAGUGACCAAAAAGUAAAUGCAACUUCUUCAGAAAAACUGACAGCAGCAGCAUCAAAAGAGUCAUCUGCACUGUUCCCACCUCUCCACCCAUCUUUUUUUACUUUAAGUUUAGACAAGUAGGCCCAUGCUAUUCAGUGAGAGAGGGAGAGUCAUCUUUUGAAAAACCUCAUGCUGGCACCAGGAGACUUAGAGAAAAUAAGCUCUAAGUGUUUUGGCAAUUUAAGCUCAACUAAAGUGUCCAGACCUAUUCCUUAUUUAUGCUGUUUUGUUUUUAUUUUGACAAUCCAAGAUAGAUAAUGACUGAGCUCAUAUGUUGAGGCCUGUCAGAGGGUGUUACUUGAAUGAGGUGAGGAGAUGGGUGCGGCUGAUUUUUGUGAAGGGCACACAGAUCAUCAGGAAAAUAUGGUGCGGCCAGCCAUCACGUGAAAUCGUGCUGUGAAGAUCUACAGCUCUGUCCUUGUAUCAGCAGACAGGUCAAAAAAUAACACCCAGUCUUUAAAUAAGGUGCUUAUUCAGAAUAAGGAACAGUUUUUUUUUUAUAAUUUAUGGUUCGUCUGGAAACAGAGAUGUGCAUAUCAGACAGGACAGACUCAAAACAUGUUAAGUGAGUCUGCUACGUGACAGUAAUUGUGAAGAGUGCAGCGCAAAUGUCAGCCCAGAGCAAACAGUUCGAGACAUUGUCAGUCAGAGAGUUCUCGCUAUUGUGGUGACAGACUGAAAGGCCCACUAAGGAGACCAGAGGCUGUGUGAUUUGGUGCCAACACCAGCUGUGCACUGACACAAAGACAACACGAUGAGGAGGAAAAUGUACUUGGAGGAAGCACAGUGUGCACUUGACAGAGGUGUGUGUGUAAAUGUGUGUUAAUGUGUGUUAAACAAGACUGUUGCUAUGGUGCGUUUGUUGGUAGCAAAGUUCCUUUUUAAAAAGCUCACAAUAGGAAAUGUUCAGACAUAAUCAAAUCAUUGUGAGUCUGUCUGAGUGUUUGACAGACGAGAUAAUAUGCUUUAUAUGUUACUGUUAAAGCGUUGAGCGUGUUUAACCCUGAUAUUUGCUUUUGUAAGGUUGCCAGGAUGUAUUUCUUCAGCUGCUCUCUCUUACCUUUUCUCCUUAUUGUUUAGUUGUUUCCCAAACACUUUUACAUCCUUUUCUUGUUUUUUAGUCUUUUGCUCUUUUGCUUACCUCCCCACUUCUACCUGCUGUCACAGGUGAUUGACAGCUCAGAGGGCUAUUGGCAGCCACUGAGCCACUCCUUAUCUGAACUGUGGAGGGAGGCUGGGAGAAACUCUGUCACAGCCCACUAACCACACCGUCCCACUCCUGCACCAUGAGCAUAUGCACACACACUGACAUGCACGCACGUACUCAGUGGUAAAUCAUCAGAGGAGAGGCAGAUCGUACUGAUACCACGAUGUUCAUUUUGUCCUUGACAGUCCCUUUGUUUCAAACUCUCCCUCUGUGUUUUUCCUCGUAGGUCCUUGAUGCCAACUCUGCUGUCUGCAACUACCUUGACGACAACAGCUGCUCCGCCCUCAUAAUCUUGGGCUUUGUGAUGAUGUCCCCGCUUGUAGUUGUGGCCGCCGCCGUCUUUUGCGGGCUCCUGCGAAAGUUUCGCCUCCUGCUUCUCAUUCAGCCAAUCACUCGUGCCUGGUACCGAGGGCGGCUGCUGGACUGGGCAGGCAGCAUUCACGCCUGGGUUUGAACCUCACUGGAUGGGCCGUUGAACGGGUGUGCAAAUGGUCGGAAAGUCUGGUUAUUAUCAAAUCAAUCAGAGAGACACAAGGGUAGACAAAACAAUAGCACCUCACAAUGUAAACAAAACAAUGGAGAUUAACAUGAUCCAAGAUUAAAAAUAGUGCAUGUUGGAAUGAAUGAAAAUAGCACCAGUGGUGCGAAACUCAAAAGGCUUUUUGUUUCCAUUACUGUGCAGCCUUCUGCACCUGCAUGUCGGCAUUAAGGCUAAAAACAUACAGGAUCCAUUUUGAGUACAUUGUGUAUCGUGCAGCAAAUAGGUUGCCAUUCUACUCAAUUCAACAAAGCACAUCGGACGUGUAUCAGCGCCGUCGCAGCAUCGUAUCAGAAGCGUAUCGACAGCAGCACUGCUAAAGAUACUCGCCAAGUGUAUUUUUGCUCUUCUACACUUCCAAUGCACGUAAAUCUACACAGAGAAGACCGUUUUACACAGGAAGUCAAGAGCUAAAACCGCACAUGUCAUCUGGUAUUUCAAAAUAAAACACCAUUUGCGAACUCCCGACUGUGCAUCAGUUUGUGUAGAUGAGAAAUACUUCCUGGUUACAGCUCCCAUCUGGUUACAGGUAACAGUUCCCAUCCGGAACGGCAGUGAUUUUUGCCGUCCACCAAUUCCUACCGGAUCCGUUUGGGAGGCGAAUUUCGUGGCGGAUUACAGACAGCGGGAAUCGCGAGAACUCACAAGAACCCGCAGAUUCACAUGCAAUCACGAGAUAACAAGUUGUCUCUAGCCACAUAGGCUAACCAUAUUAGCAGUAGAUUGUGUCCUUCUAGAGGAGGAAAUCUACUUCUAGACUUAAAAAAUCAGCAUCCUCUCAUCCAUGGUGUCAUUGGGGUGAAAUGCUGUCUAUAAACCUUUCACUUGUUCGUCCCAUUUGCAUGGUGUGAAAUACAAUCCACCUGAAACACAGAGUGUUUUAUUUUGAAAAGAAGCCGGAUGUUUUAUUUUGUGUCUGUGUCGACUUCCUUUCCAGCACGGUUUAAUCUGUGCUGACUUUAUUCGGCAUGCUCCGAAAAAAAUAGGACUCUUGGAAAUUGGCACAUUAACUUGAAUGGUUACGAUCAGCUACGAUUGGCAGAUACGGCCUUUUCGCAGCUGUUCCGGAUGUGGUGGAAAUUGGGGGUAACUCUGUCUGAAGGUAACAGCACAGCAUAAAGGAACAUAGUUUACUUUAUUAAACACUAGUAAACCUGCAGAAACCGAAACUGUAAAAUCACGUUGCUUUUUCACAUAUAGUAGAGACUCACCAGUCACUGAAUUAAAUCCAAAUUAGCAGAAAAUGGACCACAGAAAGGCAAAACAACCUGUUGUGAACAUGUUGUCUCCUCAAUACUGAGCCCAGCUGACUGGGGCCGCACUACACUGCUGCUACGCUCCAAAUACACAUCCUGUAUGCGAUAGCCAGGGCUGCUCUACGGAGCAAAUACAGAAUGCGCUCAAUACGGAUCCUGUAUGUGUUCAGCUUUACUGCAGCCUGGUUUACAGAUUACCCUUUGAGGUGACCUCAUGAAAAAAUAUAUUUUUUCACCUCGGCACAAUACAUAAAAAGUUAAACCAUUUAAAAGAGAACUUCUUUGCAGUUUAAGGUCUCAUGACUAUUCUAAAAUGCUGGUUUCGGUAAUAGCUCUUUUUUGUGCUGCAGUAUCACAGGGACAAGUUGGCAGAGUGAUACUGUACUGUAUCCUGCUCUCCUCACACAUCCAUGUGCUUUGAAAGCUAUUACUUUACUGCAACAGUCUAGGAAUCCUCUCAGAAAGCUCUGAACGUUUAGCAAGGAGUCUUAGGAGUGAUUUAGAAAAACUCUCAAAGCAACUCUGAGUGUUGAAGGAGCAGAAACUUUUCUUUCAGUGAGGAGGUGAGGUUAACCCUGUUGUUUGGUAUGACACAUGCUUUCAAAAGCUGUGAUUCACAAAAAGAGAAAAAAUGUGGAAAAAAAAAGAAAUACACAUCAUUAUUGGGCAUAGAUAGAUAGAUCACUCAGUCUGAUCAUAUGAACUGAUCAGAAAGUUAAUUUAAGCAUUUUAAUAUAUUUCUCUUGAAUGAAUUAUAAGAUACACUUUAAAAGUAAAAAGGUCACAGGCAGGCAGAUUAUUUUUUUCAUCAUAUGGUCAGCAUCCAAGGUCUCUUGCCUUUUAUGCACUGACUGCAGAGACAUUUACGAAUAUUUACGUACCUUUAAAUGUCAUUUUGCUGUUAACCUUACUCAGCAUUGCUCUUUAUGCGCAGUUCAUCCAACACGAUAAAAGUUUGCAAGUGAAACUGUAGCGUUUUUUGAGAAGCUAAAUACCUCAUGACCACUCUCCUGUUUAGUGUUAUUGUGUUGGUUUGUCGAUGUAAGCACAAUUUGGAGUGCAUUUCUCCUACUUCCUCCUACCUUUCUGUGUUUUCAUACUCAGCUUGAGAAACUCUUAAGCUGCUUAAAAGUCCCCCUCACUCCUCCUCGCCGUUUUUCACAUUAAGAGCUCCCUUAAAGGCUGAAAUGGGGACAGCUUUUAUCUUUGCAGAGAUCUAGUCUAAAGUUUUGGGGGGGAAAUCUUUCAAAAAUAAUUUUUAACAAGAAAUUUCUCUGAAUUCUGACACAAGGAGAAACUUUUUAGACCAGGAAGCUUUGGCUACUGAUUUUCUGCAAUUUCCUAAUGUUCAACACCUCCACACAAUAACACCUCAUUCUUUUAAAAAGUGAUUCAACAAACUUGGAAUUUUUAACUCUCAACAGUGCCACACUGGCUGAAACCCCCUUUUCUAAGAAAAACACCACUCAUUUGUAAAUCAGACAAAUACUGAUUUUGUUCUCUGAAACUUAGCCACUGUGAGGCGUUGGACUCAGUUGUGUAUUGUGAGGUAUCUCAGAUGUUUUGUCUACCCUUCUUUCUUUAAAAAACAUAAUUUUUUUUCAAUCGCUCACUGUAGCCAUGUCCACUCCAGUGUUUUUUCCCUUUAAUUACCAAACUGAAUAAUCAUCAGUGAUUUGUGAGGUGAUGUUAAGCAUUAAAGCAACAAUCACAAAAUGUAUUCUGUGCUCGUCUGGUGCGAGAGAACGAAUCCAGGACCGUCCAGAAAGAUGCUUGUUAAACUGUUUUUGUAAAUAACAGCUUCAUGUAGGUGUUUCAUUGACGCUGCCGUAUCCUGGCAGCUUUGAGCGAGGAAGACUCAAAGGAAUUUGCAUUUUCCUUAGUGGUUCAGAGAAAGUAAUGAGUUACGUGUAGUUGUAUUCAAUCAGAGUUUUUAUUGGCUGUUUGAUAACUGUGUUAAAUAUUUGCUACGAAGUUAUUUGUGGUAGCAGGUUCAAAGUCUAGGAGGAAGUGUAAUUGUUAAUGUCAGAUUUGUCAGGUUCUCUUUAGUGGACUGUGUUCGACUUAAUUAAACAGGGCCUUGGAACACCAUGAAAAACUGGGUGACGAUUGUCAAGUGAAGAUAAAACAUGGAAACACAGGACAUUAAAUAGCUUCUGUGAGGUGGAACUAAAUGACCAGGAUGUUUUGAGAAUAUCUUGCAGGAGGGAUGGCCUUUUAUGAAACAUACUUUAUUUAUUGGAUCUUUGAGAUCCCAUUGCACCCUAAGGAAAGAAACUUGGUCUUAAAACUUGGUCAUAAUAAAAUCAACAGAGGCUGACAGUUUUAUAAAAUAAUGGCUGUUUAGUGGGAGCCAGCUGUUCAAGUGGGAUUUGGAUCACCAGAGUAGGAUCUUAUUCCGCUGUGUCUUUGCCUCUUGGUCAUUUAAAUUCAUCACUGGCACAUGCACUCCACACUCCUUUUUAGCUGCGUGUCACAGCUCCAUAAUGAAGUGUUCGGUUUUAAGGUUUCAUUUCUCAGAAGUCUUAAUUCAUUCUGAAUAUGAAGCAGUUAUCAGCCAUCCUUUGACACUGUUUCUAUCAUACUGGGAUGUAUUUAUUUUCCUUUUAAACAGAAUAAUUUCUAUGUUUUAAAUGUGCCAGUUUGUCAGUCCUGUUAUUAACGUUUGUAUGUUAAAAUUGUAUGUAAAUCGUCUGUACAAACCCUGUUAGUUUCAGUGUUUAAAAAGAGCUCUGUGCAGGAAAAGAGAAAACUGAGUUGUUGUUGUUUUUUUUUCAUGGAGGCGUUUUUGCUGUAAAUAUACCACUAAAAUAAUUUAUGGAAAUAAUACAGUGCUUGUCUGGGAUUCAUUUCUUAAAAACCUUUGAGUGUUUUAAAAUAAUUCAAACGGUCGUGCUCAGACUUUCCAUUAAAAUAAAAAGGG